AUGGGUAUAUAUCAGAAAAGUGUGGAGGAACCAAAAUAUAAGGGAAGUGUGAAGGAGCCCACUGUUCUUGAUGUACUUUAUCAUUUCUUUAAAUCUGAACUGUCAGAGUGGUAGAUACUGUUCUUCCUUCCACAUGUGCAAUUAAGUAGAUUUAUUCCGCUAACUGUUCAUUGUUUACACAUCCAUCACAUAUUUUACUUUUGUAACAGGUCAAAAAAAAAAAAUCAAAUCCCAUUUGUUUUAGUUUCAAAGGAUGUUGAAAUGAUUUUAGGAUAUUUUGGGUGUGUUACAUCCAAAACUGACAUCCAUUUUGAUCAAUCGGCUCUAGUUUUUAAGAUAAUGAAAUUAUGAUUAUAUCCCAAUACGACCCGUGGCUGCUGACAUGGAGAAGAAUAUGAUAAUAUCAAAAUGGUCUUGCAUUAGCUCUGCUAUAGUGAGCACUAUUGGUCUAUUUGUGUGGAUCUAAUGAUGGUAAACUUCAUGCUAAGGCAGCAAAGUGGAUAAACAAAGCACCUGUGUGUCAUUUGCCUGUGGGAUAGUAGGGCAAAGCAAUAUCAUUUGAAAAAAAGUAACAUGGCCUUCAAUGGAAGACAUGACUUUAGGUUCAGCAAAUUUCAUUAACGAGCCAUUGGUUAACAGAAAAAAAAAUCUUUCUCCUACCACUCAUGCACUGAUGAAGCAAUUUGUUAAGGACUUGGGCAGAGAUUGUGAUUGCUUCAAAUACAUUUGUAGGUCAUUCCUUGACAUGAGUUUUGAAAAACAAACAAAAAGGGAACCCUUAAUGGCCCUCAAAUUUGUAAACUCAUCAACAUUUAUGAUUGAUGUUGAAGCUUCUGCCUGUUGCCUUUAUGCCUUAGCUGUCAAGAACUGCUUUGGUAACCACAAAGCAGACAAUGUGUGAUUAUCUGAAUCAGUUUACUUUGUUUUAUAUUAUUAUACUGAAUACAGUGCUAUGAGGUUUCAUGUGAUUCGUUGCUGGGGUAUGCUUGAUCAUUAAAUUUUUUUGUAUUGUUUAUGUAUUUCUAUAGUAACAUGCAUUAUCCCUAAAAUUAAAGACACUAUACAAAAACUGAUGACAUAUUCAGAAGCAGAAACACAAAGUUACCCUAAAAUCAAUCUAAUAUCCCACUCCCUCAUUCCUCUCCUGCAACUUUAAAAAAUAACCUACUCUAAGCCCUCAUUGAGUAUAUGACGGUAGUCCCUGUCAUUGGUGAUGGAAGACAGACACUAUGUGUGGGUCCCCAGAUUCCUUUUCUGUUUUGGUCACCCUGUACCUAUUAUUGGUGCAGGGUAUGUUGAAUGUAUUGCUUGUCUGUGCCUUUCCCGCCCCCCUUUUUCCUGUUAUAUUGUUUCCCCUGCAGGGUGUUGUCCCAUGGACACUGCCAGACCAGUUUAAACUAGCUGUCCUUUUCCCUCUCAAUCUCCCAUCAGCCCUUGCUUGCUCUUGUCUGACCCCACCCUUGUACCAUAUGGCUCUAUGCAUCUUAUUGUAUGUAAAUGAGGCUGUUGGGGGCAUAAAUAUGUGUGCUUUGUAUAUUAAAGUCAGUUGCUGUUUUAACCUUCACCAAGUGUCAUCUGGUAUUUGGGGAAAUGUGCUGAUGGAAAGUGUGUCCAAGGCUAAAAGCACGGUAGCCUGGUCCAGGGUGGAAAAAGCCCUCAGUGAUCCCAGUCAAGCCUCGGCGACUGGGUUUGAAGUGUUUGAAGUGUUCUAUAGCCCAUGAUAGCUACGAGGAAGCAGACUUGGAGGAGGUUCUCAUUUGGAGUACUGGAACUCCCUCACAGAGUACUUUUGUAGCAAUCUACUUUGAUACCCCUACUUUUACCUUUUGUGUCACUAUACCCCACUCCCUCGAGCAUGUAAGUGUCCAACAUGUCUGGUUACAGUUACAUGUAUGUUAGUCCACCCAUUGUACAGCGCUACGGAACUUGCUGGCGCUAUAUAAAUAGUAAAAUAAUAAUAAUAAUGAUUGACAAAAUCAGUUUUGAACAGUGAUUAUUUAAUUUUCAUUCUCUCCUUAAAUUUGGGAUAGUAUUGCUUUUUUUUUUAGGUACAGAGUUCCACCUGAUUUAGUUUGUAGAUUUUGCAAUUUACUUGGAAUGUUUAAUCACAAAGAAAUUAACUUCAUUAAUUAAUCUUAUUUCCUUAUUCUUGAAUAAUUAGUCCUAUUUAGAGGCAGUUAACAGUUCGUUUGGAGCAGCACUAGAGAAAGUUGAUUUCUUGAAUAACUCGGAAGAAGCUCGGCAAUACAUCAAUGAAUGGAUUGACAAACAGACUGAAGGUAUGUAUAGUCUAUGUUUAGGCAUGAAAAUAUAUUUGACUCUACGCUGGAUUAAAUUAUAUGUCACUUGCAGUUUAUAAUAUAGUUUUAUUUCAACUCACUGUCAAGUAAAGGUGUAACUAAAUAGGUUAUAACACAAAAUGUAUUUCUGUAUGUAUUUUCAUCCCUGAGCUAAUAUGGCUGACCAAAUCGCAGCAUUAUCCUGGGUCAAACGAGUUCUUAACAACCUUCUGGGUCACAUAAGUAAAGGAAGACUAUAGGGUCAGAAACACAAAAGUGUUAAAAACACUAUUUAGUUCCCUGCAUUGCCCACUAUAUAUAGUAAAAUCUUACCUUAUUUCCAGCGCUUCUAGGUCUGCUGGUGCUGGCUCUGCCCCCUAUCCGCUUCCUUGGCUGACAUCAUCAAAAUUGAUGAUCUCAGCCAAUUAUAAUGGUUUCCUAUAGGAAAGCACUGGAUUGGCUGAAAUUGUCAACUCUGAUGAUCUCAGCCAAGGAGGUGGGGUGGGGGCGGGUUCAAAUGAUGCUCUGGCAAUCAAUGCAUCUCUAUGGAGAAGUUCAGCAUCUCCAAGCAGACCAUAGAGAUGCUAAACAUCAGUGCUGCACUGCCCCAGGAAGCAACUCUAGUAUCCGUCUGAGGAGUGGCAACUAUAGAUGUUCCUAGGCUGUAAUUUAAACACUGCCUUUUCUCUGAAAAGGCAGUACUUGCAGCAAAAUUCCUGCAGUUACAUGCUGUAGACACCAGAACAACUACAAUAAACUGUAGCUUUUCUGGUGGCUAUAGUGUCCCUUUAAAAACUAUUAGAAAAUGAACAUACUCCACAUUAUUUAGUUCUGAAUCCUAGGUCACUUCUUCAUUUAUUCAACCUUAUCCAUGACCCAAGGGCAGACCUGUCAGAUGCUGGUAAGUGGUCCCUCAAUACAGUAUGGCCAUGAAAAUAACAGUAUCAGUGAUAUAAGAGGCUAUACAUUUCUGAUACUGUGAGAGAGUGGAGAAUUAAUACACCAAAUAAUUAUAAAAACGGUCUAAUGUAUGGAACUCUAGAAGUAAUAAUUAGACUUGCGCAAGGCAAAUUGGCUUGUCUGAAUAGAUACAUCUGAAAAAUAUUUGGUUCAGACAAAUUUCAUCCAUGUGAUUGCUACCAGCAAGUCAGUAACCAACCUCAUGCUGAUGAGUUGCAUUAAAGGGAAACUAUAGUGCUAGGAAAACAAAGUUGUUUUCCCUAUAGUGCCCACCUCCACCCUUGCAGUGCAGAAGGUGUUAAAAACCCUUCUGUCACUUCCUCGACACUUCCUCAAUGAUUCUUGAUGCUGGCUCAGUUCUGCGUCCACUCCUUGCUCUGCCAACGUCAGCUGGCGUGGGAGACCUAACGUGCAUGCACAGCAAUAGCCGCGCUCGCUUUAGGAUUUCCCCAGAGGAAAGCAUUAUUCAGUGCUUUCCUAUGGGGAUUCCGGUGAUGCUGUGAGGACGUCCAGCAUCAGUUAGGCGACUUAAGUCACCUAACGAUCUGGAAGCCCCUCUAGUGGCAGUAGAGAAGGAGUUAACCCAUAAAGGUAAUUAUUGCAAUAAUUACCUUUUCAGAGAUAAAAGUGCUGGGACACUGCACUCAGACCACUUCAAUGAGCUGAAGUGGUCUGGGUGUCUAUAGUGUCCAUUUAAUAAUGAAACAGCUGCCCAUGAGUUGUUAUCUGGCUUAGCAUCUCUUCCUGAGCUGUAUUUAAAAUCUGUUGUGUACAGCAGACAUAUACUUCAAAGUAAACAUGUAUAAAGUGGACUUUAUGAAGCACCAAGGUGGUUCUUUGUUGAACUCAUUUGCAUAUGGCCACCAAGAAUCCCCUGCAGUAGUAGCAGCACUGCAAAUAUGAAAUUUCUGUAGGAAAAACAAGUCUUUGUGUUUAGAUAUAUUUGGUCUGUUUAGAUAUAUUUUUAACAAUGUAUUUACAAUCCACUCAUUUUAUAGACAGGAAGUAGAUCAAAUAAAGGAGAAAUUCACCUCCUAGAUUUUUUGUAAUUUUUGUUACAUGCCCAAUAACAAAACUUUGUUUCUGAAGUGUGAAAAUUAAAUUGAAAAUUUAAAUCCAUACUGUUGCAUUUAUGCCUACCCUGGAACUGAGCAACUCCAUCUUGGCGGAGUUGUUAUGGAAAGGCAGCCUUUGAGAGUCAGCUAUAAGAGGGCACAGACAGGAAAGAUGAAUUAGAAAAUGUUUGCUUUUCCUUAUUCACUGGAUUCUGAACUAAAUUCUGAUGUCAGAAGUUAAAUUAAAAUAUAUCUAAUAUAGAUUACAUUUUAAAAAAUUAGAAAACAUUUAAUUUUUAAAGUUUUAUUUAAUGCUAUAAUAUUGAGAGAUGUAAGAGUUCCCUGCUUUGGCAGUCAUAGAAAUCCAUAUUUAAACAGGUAACUUGCUUAGAUCAGUUUCUUUACAUUAAGGGCUGCAUAAACAAAGUGAUUUAACUCCCAAAUUGCAGAGAAUUGAACAGUGAUAUUGCAGCGGUGUGAUCUAUACUCUAAAAUUCUGCCAUUGAGCUUGUUGCCUGUAGUGUCACUUUAAAUAUUUAAAUUAAUCUAAAACUGUAAAUAACUCAUGUGUGCCAAUGGUGAUUUUAUAACAUGACAGCAGGCUUCGUAUUUGCUUAAGUCUCUCUUUACUAGAACUCCACAGCAGCUCAGAAAACAACCAAUCAGAAAAAAAGUUAGGUAUUAUAAAAUUCCCUCCCCAUUGCAUCAUUUCCUCUUUCUUUGCUGCUCCGCAGUCAGUACAGGUCAGAGUACCACUCCCUCCUGCUCUUAGUGGGUGGCUUUGGGUUUUAUUCUGAUUUAUAUGUAUUAUAUUUUAUCAUAUUAUGUUUUUAUAUAUUUAUUAUUUGUAUAUUAUAUAUAUAUUAUUUUGUUAUAUACUAUAUAUGUUAUUUGGUUAUGUUUUAUAUAUUAUUUAGUUUUAUAUUAUAUGUUUUAUUUUAUUCUAUAUUAUCAGAUUUAGUCUGGGGUUUCUACACCCUACUCCUCUUUUCUCCCCCUGCUGCUUUGAGGGGAUGUUUUGCCUUACAGAGUGGGGGUUUUAUGGGGGGCUUUUUCCUGGGGAGACCUUCAGUUUGCUCUCCCUUUGCCUUAUCCGUUAGUUUACCCUCCCCCCACCCCACUUCCAAGCGCCGCCGGACUACGGGCGCUCUGCUCUGGGUUUCAGGAGACUAGCCAUUUGGCUGCCUCCUCUGAUUCCCCGAGCUCUAGUGUGAGCCUGUCGUCGCCCGUGAUUUCCUGCGUGCAUACGCGAGUACCCGGCCGUCGUAUCCGCUCACACACGUGGCCGCCUCGCCGUGGCCGGCUUCCCUCAGACCCGAGUGCACCCGACCGACUGGGGGAGGGUGUGCCUGUUCGCUGCCCCCCACACGGUGAUCGGGGAACAAGGUAUUUUCUCUGGCUAGGAUUCUGUCUGCUCAGAUGGCAGAGCAGACAGAACACGCACCUCUAUAUGUGAAGGGUCAUGGAAUCGAGACCCAAAGGGGAGCUUGUAUCUCACACACAUAUCGUGUGUAUGAAGGGCUUAUCACCAUACAGGAAUUUUAGGAGCUGCACAUGGCUCAGGCAGAGCCAGUCCGCCAGUUAGAGCAGGACUCCUAAGUGAGGAUUGUUUGUUAACACUUUUCAUGCUUACCCCUUUGUAUUUGGCACUAGAGGCUAAUGCAAUAUUUUUUUGCAGAGUCCAAUGGGAGUUAAACUAAACUAGGUUUAGUAAAUGUUUUAUGUUGCACUUUUAUUUUGUGUCCUUAUGUCCCAAUCCCUGUGCCUCAAUAUAUGUUCCCGGUUCACCUCUGGAGUAAGAGAUGAAUCCUCUUUAAUGUGAGGUUUCACUGUGUAUGGCAGAUAUAAAAUCUAUACAGCCCUGGCUCCGGCUCAAACUGGUAUGGAGGCCAGUCUCUACUGCCAUUAGUACAAUUUAUUUACAGUUUCUAUGACUAGUAGAGUUGGAAGGUGGUUGCUUCCAAGCUCAAUGGGGGGCAUUGAGUGGACUAUUGUUUAACCCCUUACUGUAAGAUACCAUAGGUACAGUACCCUUCAGGUGGUUUACUAACGGUGCAUAGAUCAAUGAGGAAACCCCAUUCAGAUCUGUAGGUCCAGGCAUGUCAUGAGUUAAUUGGUACUAUAUCACUGGAACCUUUUCAGCCUAUACAUUACAGCUGGAAUACCACUAUUUUACCUGCUGGACAUUGAAGCACUGCUAGUCCCAGGUUACGUUAAUCGCCCAGUAUUAUAUUGUCUAAAAGGGGUUGGUGUCUAAGGGUCCUAGGUCACAGGGUACCCUGUAGAUUUACAAAUAUUUAGGGGUCUCUAGCAAACACAGAGGUCCCCAUUACUCAUCUACAUGCAGCCCGCUACAUUUAUACCCCAUGGAUUGGCCUGCUAUGUCUGUACCCCAUUGAUUGGCCUGCUUUGUCUAUGCCCCACUGACUGGCCUGCUAUCUCUGUGCCUCACUGACUGGCCUGCUAUGUCUGUGCCCCAUUGUUUGGCCUGCUAUGUCUGUGCCCCAUUGAUUGGCCUGCUAUGUCUGUGCCCAUGUGAUUGGCCUGUUAUGUCUGUGCCUUUCGGACUGGCCUGCUCUGUUUGUGCCAUUUGUUCGGCCUGAGCUAUCUGGGCCUGAAAUCCCUUUUGGUCGUAGGCCUGGGAGAAAAGCCCAGUACCCACUAUUGACAUGGUGAUAGGUGGGUGUCCAGGCAAGCACUGCUGCCUUACAAUCUAAGAGGACACCAGUAUAUGGGCACCUCAAUAUGAUUGGAAGGAUGAAGACCCUACACCUCAUACCCUGAGGGGCAAGUUUUUUUUUUGAGAAUUCCCGGGCUCGCAACCACGGUUUACACCUACCUGGGGCGGCACAUCUCCAAAGAGAAUUUCGCACAAACAGGGACCGGUACUCAGACCCCAACAGGGGAGCACAAUUGCCUUGCCUUCAGCAACUAGCCAUUUAGCUACAGUCCCGGUAUCCAUCUUAGGUAUCUUUAUUUAAUCCUACGUUAUGUUUAGCUCCUGACCCUUUCAGUUGGGUUUACCUGACUUGCUGUUCCGAUCUGCUAUUUACCUGCCCUCCGAGGUACAUAUUUACUGUUAUCUACAUUAUUUGUCGUUUAUAGGUUUUCGAGCCUUCCAAUUGUCCUAUCGCUCGGGUCAUCGAGAGGCCUGCCUUGACCUCCUCCGACCUCCCGGGCUCUCGUGGAUUGCGGAGAACGUCUCCAGCUUUCCUCAGGCUACAGACGGUCAUCCUGGACCCCCCGCAUGCGCACAUGAUCCGGGCGGUCAGUUGGUAGUUUCCAUCAUUGCUUCCGAAGGUUACAUUUUCUCACCAUCCCUUUCUGUUAUUAAGGAUGGACGGCUGUAUACUAUUCCAUCUUCCAUCGGUCCGGUUUAUUGCCAGUUGAUUUCACCUCAGGUGAGCGAUUCAGAGAGAGGUCUCGUGGUCAGUGAGAGACCCACCUCAAGAUCUCAGUCUUAUGCGGAUGUAGACCCUACUGUUUGGUUACGAACGGGUGCGGCCCGCUCAGGUGAUCAGCUGGACGCUGACACGGAGUUCGGUCACAUUAUUAGAGAGCGCGGCUCUCUCAUACACUCAACGCACUAUGGUGCCGUCCAUUUGUUAAUCACACAGGCUUGUACCUAUACAGGACAACGAUGAAUGCAUAGAGGGGCAUCCCUCCUGCAUUCAAUUAGAUCUAACGACCGUGCUACCAAUGUCGUUAUAAAGGGCUGCCUGAUCAUGCAGGAUAUAUAUUUAGACUGGAUCACUCUAUUUCACCUUCUGUAAUGAAUCUACUGGAUCCGCACCACUGUACCCCAUGCAAGAAAUACUCAGAUGUAUAACAAGGGGAGACUCCCGCUUAUUUACACACUCCUGGAAAUGGUACGGCUAACGGAUGAACCUCAGGUAUUACAAGAGUGCAGGUUUGGUAUAUUCUGCGCUAUAUAAAACAGACAAUUGCAUUCUGCCUUACAUAUUCGGACCAUUGCGAACAAACUGCACAGACAGUUUUUCCCAUAUCAAGAUGACAGGAGAUACUGAGACCUUCAUGGAGCAAACGGGCACUGCCUUGCUCAGGUGACAAGACUAGGGAAGGCCCACUACCCGGUCUUCAGGUACACCGUUCGCAUGGAGAGACCGGAACCCCGGUUGACUUGAGUUCCCGGGUCAUUACAUAUCUUUGGAUAAGAUGACAGGACUGCCCCUACUCCUCUGAACACAUACCUGGAGAACACGGUUCGGAGAUGGAGGUCCCUCCGUCUAUACUCUAUACCCCUCAUGGUAGCCGUUUGGUUUCUCGCUAACCCACUUUUUCAACUACCAUCAAGGAGACCUACGGGACUUUAUGGAGAAACCCAGUGUGCCCCGACGUCAAAGUCGGGGCGCAACCUACCACCGGAGUACUGCUCAGGGUGUAGCAGACUCGGAUAGGGCUGCCGACACUCUCAAACGGGACAUCACAUGAUUCGGACGGUUGAAGCUAGACCCUUGUUUUACAUUGACUUUGGUUAUCAAACUCACAUUCCUGGAUCCCUUAAACUAGGGCCUACUCUGGGAGAUACAUGCCCGGACAGUCAGGGGUACCAUGAUCUAGGUGGUGUGUAGACCAGGAACCCCUACACGAAUCUUGACAGGUCGGGCAUGGUUUAGGAUCGUACUACGGGCAAGCGGAUUAUUUCACUCUUUCACUACAGCACGUGAGGACUCUUUGUUGUUAUACAGGUCCCAAUCAACAUUGGAUCCGUACAUCUUAUUACUCUUAGACGAUGACCUAUCUGGAUGGAGAUCUCAACUCCGGUUUACGUUUCCCAUCCCUCUGAAUAUUUCCGGGAUUCACUAUCCCCAGAAUAGUCGACCACCGUUCCAACACACAAGUUCAGUUUGGGACCCUGAUUGGACGUCCUUUUGGUGUCCUUUCCCUACCGCAGCCGAGGAUUACACAGUCCAUUUGGAAUAUUGGAAUCACUUAGGAUACGGCUAGUCGACCACACUCUUGCCUGCAUAAUAAAUUUAUUGUUUGAUGAGACAUCUCACCGGGUAGACAUGAGGGAAUGAAAGAUCCUGCUCGGUUCUAUUACGGAAUUGGUGGUGGACUUGGGCGCAUUCCUUGAGAGUGGAGAUCUACCUGCAAUGCCACAUCGCCAGGUGACCCUGGCAUGAUCGGAGGAACCACCUUACACAUCAAGAGUUGCGACAUGGUGGCAGUUUCGUCUCACGGCCCUAAGUCCAUAAAUGGCCUUCGACAUUUUACAACUACAGGAAAAUGGCUAAUAGGGCAGCUUGGCAGCUCAUGCACCGGCUGCUAGGAAACAGGUCACAACCCCACGUACAAUGGAGCUAUCAACAGAUGGUGUUUUUUCCGUAUUUGGGAUGCUUCGUCAGCUGGCAUCCUCAUCGACCCGUCUACUGGCACUUCUCGCAGUUGGAAAGUCCAUUUAGGAUUGCUCGGAUAUCUCCUGGAAAAGGUACCAGCGAAACAAAUAGCGUUGGAUUUGUUGACUGAGCGUUAAAACAGCAAAUACGAAGCCUCCUGUCAUGUUAUAAAAUUGUAGAUUAUGCUAGCUUUAGUGUACCUAUAAUCUUAAUUUUAUUAAUGACAGGAGGCGAGUAUUUCCCACCCGUUCUUAUCCCUCCCUUGUUUAAUUUUAAUAGUUGGAUUAAUCAGGUAUGUAUACAACUCUGCUUGUUGUCUCUGCUACCUGUCACCUGUCCUUAUGUCUGUUUUUCAUAAGUAGGGUUGGGAUAUCUACAUAAUUAAGGUAAAUUUGGUUGCUACAUUGGGUACCUACAGGUUUAUUCAGAGUACAUUUCAUUGGAUAAUCAACCUGUUCGAUUCUGUUUUUCUCUCGUUUAAUUUUACAGUCCAUCAACGCUAUCUGGUGUGGCAAUUCUUCUCGGAUGGUGGACAUAGACUUAUUUAUUUUACAGUCCAUCAACACUAUCCGGUUUGGCAGUUCUUCUCAGAUGUUGGACAUUGCUGUUUUCAUUGUAUCUAGGACUUUGUUUCUUCACAUUAUUUUUUCUGCCUUUGUUCUGUUUUAUCGCAGCUUGAAAGAGGAAAUGAUGCAAUGGGAAGGGAGUUUUAUAAUACCUAACUUUUUUCUGAUUGGUUGUUUUCUGUGCUGCUGUGGAGUUCUAGUAAAGAGAGACUUAAGCAAAUACUCGCCUCAUGUCAUUAAUAAAAUUAAGAUUAUAGGUACACUAAAGCUAGCAUAAUCUACAAUUUUUGUUUGAAAAUCUCAGCAAACCUUAGGUUUAAGGAUUGAUAUAUUUUUUUUUCUUCCAAAAGGAAAAAUCAAGGAAUUAUUGCCAGAGGGUUCUGUCUCACUAAAUACGGCCUUGGUAAUUGUCAAUUCUAUGUUCAUAUUUGCAAACUGGACAAAACAAUUUGAUGUUAGAAACACCAAUAAGAGACCCUUCAAGCUGAUAUCGGUAUGUAAAUAAUAGUAGUCACCAAAUUUAAAAAUGAAAAUUUUAUUGUAAUAUAUAAUUUUAUACUGAACCACAACAUUUAGUAAUUAAAAACAAGCAUUUUGAAUGUCAUCUAGUGAAAACAUUUAUGUAACACAUCAAUUGAUAUACACUGCUCAAAAAAAUAAAGGGAACACAAAAAUAACACAUCCUAGAUCUGAAUGAAUUAAAUAUUCUUCUGAAAUACUUUGUUCUUUACAUAGUUGAAUGUGCUGACAACAAAAUCACACAAAAAUUAAAAAAUGGAAAUCAAAUUUUUCAACCCAUGGAGGUCUGGAUUUGGAGUCACACUCAAAAUUAAAGUGGAAAAACACACUACAGGCUCAUCCAACUUUGAUGUAUUGUCCUUAAAACAAGUCAAAAUGAGGCUCAGUAGUGUGUGUGGCCUCCACGUGCCUGUAUGACCUCCCCACAACGCCUGUGCAUGCUCCUGAUGAGGUGGCGGAUGGUCUCCUGAGGGAUCUCCUCCCAGACCUGGACUAAAGCAUCUGCCAACUCCUGGACAUAAUUCCUUUAGGAUUGUUUCGUCCAGUCUGUGGUGCAACGUGACGUUGGUGGAUGGAGCGAGACAUGAUGUCCCAGAUGUGCUCAAUUGGAUUCAGGUCUGGGGAACGGGUGGGCCAGUCCAUAGCAUCAAUGCCUUUGUCUUGCAGGAACUGACACACUUCAGCCACAUGAGGUCUAGCAUUGUCUUGCAUUAGGAGGAACCCAGGGCCAACUGCACCAGCAUAUGGUUUCACAAGGGGUCUGAGGAUCUCAUCUCGGUACCUAAUGGCGAGCACAUGGAGGGCUGUGCAGCCCCCCAAAGAAAUUCCACCCCACACCAUUACUGACCCACUGCCACACCGGUCAUGCUGGAGGAUGUUGCAGGCAGCAGAACGUUCUCCACAGCGUCUCCAGACUCUGUCACAUGUGCUCAGUGUGAACCUGCUUUCAUCUGUGAAGAGCACAGGGCGCCAGUGGUGAAUUUGCCAAUCUUGGUGUUCUCUGGCAAAUGCCAAACGUCCUGCACGGUGUUGGGCUGUAAGCACAACCCCCAUCUGUGGACGUCGGGCCCUCAUACCACCCUCAUGGAGUCUGUUUCUGACCGUUUGAGCAGACACAUGCACAUUUGUGGCCUGCUGGAGGUCAUUUUGCAGGGCUCUGGCAGUGCUCCUCCUGUUCCUCCUUGCACAAAGGCGGAGGUAGCGGUCCUGCUGCUGGGUUGUUGCCCUCCUACGGCCUCCUCCACAUCUCCUGAUGUACUGGCCUGUCUCCUGGUAGCGCCUCCAUGCUCUGGACACUACGCUGAUAGACACAGCAAACGCGGAACAGGAGUUUCUGUUUCCUGUACCCGGUCGGACUGACAGGAAGGUGCACACUGAGCGUGCACCUUCCUAUCACUCCGGCCGGGCACCACGGACAGCAGAGCGGCUCGGCCACGCUACAGGGGAGGGGGGUAAGAAGGGGGUAAAUAGAGGGGGAAGGGGAGGAAAGAAGAGGAGGGGGAGUAAGAAGGGGAGGGUAAGAAGGGAGGGGAGUAAGAAGGGGGAGGGUAAGAAGAGGGAGGGGCAAGAAGAGAGGGUAAGAAAGGAGGUAAGAAGAGGGGAGGGAGAAAGAAAGGUAAGAGGGGAGGGAAGUAAGAAGAGGGGAGGGGAAGCAAGGGGGAGGGAAGUAAGAAAAGGGGUAAGAAAGGGAGGGAGUAAGAAGGGGUAAGAGGGGGGAGGGAGAAGUAAGAAGAGGGGAGGGAGUAAGAGGGGGGUAAGAAGGGGGAAGGGGAAGUAAGAAGAGGGGGUGGGGGGGUAAGAAGUUCUUUAUUUGAAAUUUAAAGGACCACUCUAGGCACCCAGACCACUUCAGCUUUAUGAAGUGGUCUGGGUGCCAGGUCCCUCUAGGAUUAACCCUUUUUUUUAUAAACAUAGCAGUUUCAGAGAAACUGCUACGUUUAUACUGAGGGUUAAUCCAGUCUCAUUGACAGCCGCUAGAGGCGCUUGCGUGCUUCUCACUGUGAAAAUCACAGUGAGAGCACGCAAGCGUCCAUAGGAAAGCAUUGUAAAUGCUUUCCUAUGCGACCGGCUGAAUGCGCGUGCGCAUUCAGCCGAUGACGUUGCGAGCAAGGAGGAGAGGAGGAGUACAGCUCCCCGCCCGGCGCUGGAGAAAGGUAAGUGUUUAACCCCUUCCUCUCUCCAGAGCCCAGCGGGAGGGGGUCCCUGAGGGUGGGGGCACCCUCAGGGCACUAUAGUGCCAGGAAAACGAGUAUGUUUUCCUGGCAAUAUAGUGGUCCUUUAAGUUUUUUUUCCCUGAAAUUUCCUUCUUAAAAUGAGGUGCGUGUUAUACGCCGGUGCGUGUUAUACGCCGAUAAAUACGGUAUGUGAUUUAAGAGAUUUAUGAAGCAAGGCUAUCUGUUCUGAAUCAUUAGGAAGGCCUUUUAUAUGGCAUUGAAUACAGAAAGGUCAAGAAUAAUUUGGGAGGAUUAAGGAGAAUUGGGCAUUAAUGACAAGGAAGAUUAUGGGUGCUAAGAUUGUGUGACUAUUUAUAGUCCACAAUGUAAUAAUAUUAAACAGAUUAUUUUGAGAUAUCUAAUGAUUUUGACUAAUGAUGGCACUUCAUGCCAUUUUUUUUAUCAUUCAUAAGGACAAUUUGUAAAGUGAAAAUAAAGUUCCACUAUCUUAAUUUGAUAUGAUUCUUUGAGUUUGGUUUGUGGAGUGUGGUUUGAGUGUGGAUAUCUAGCAAUUGUAUAUUAUUAGAUGUAGUACAUUAAAUGUGAAUGCUGUCAUUAUUUCAUUCUCUCUUGUGUUUCAGAAUAAAGACAUCAAUGUAGAUACGAUGUUUAUGAUAAACAAGUUCAAUAUUAACUAUAUAGAAAAUCCUGGAAUAUCAGUCCUUGAACUUCCAUAUGGGACAGACAAAUACCUUAGUAUGUUUAUACUGCUUCCUGAUAACAACACAGUGUUUCAUAUGGUAAGUUACCCAGGAGGAUGGUUGUGGAUGAUUUAAAGGACAAUUUGAAGCAGAGGUUUUAAUUGUAACUUGAAAAUUACCAAUAUAUAUAUGUUUUGUGGGAAAUGGCAUUUGUCAUAUUUUGGGUCAUGGUAAGUGUUUAACUUUAUAUCAGACCCUACACUGAAACUCACAAUCACCCCUGUGCUGAUACAUAUCACACAUGAUAUAUGUUUUAUUCUGAGUUAUAUAUUAUAUUUAAAUUAAAUACUUGUGUAUAGGAUUGGGCCAAAAUAUAAACAAAAGUACAAGUAGUGUUAAAAUUAAAUAAAAAUCCCAAUGUAUUAGUUGAAACAUAGGAUUGGGGCAAAACACAAUUCUGCUUGGAUCCAACCACAAAAUGCUUUCCCCUUUUUCCUUCUGAUGCAAAAAAAACUACAUCUCAUGAAGCAAUGCCCACACAAUCCACUUCUCAUUUUCAUUACAACAAAUUAAGGAACAUUUUGUCACUUCAUCUGCUGUCCCCACAGUUGGUCACUCCUUCCUCAUUAAGAGCUAUCCACAUCCCUAGAAUUUCCUCUUGUAAUGUUCUUCCAGUUCAUCCCACAGUGCCAUUUCCCAUGAUCAUAUACAUCCAAUUGAUCUCCCAGCCAUAUUCUCAGAUGAAUUGUUCAACAUCCAUAUUCACGAUUUGUUUACCCCAGAAACAUUCCCCUUAUUUAUUACCACAGCCACAAUUAUGCCAUGCAAUGUUCAACAGCCGUAUUACCCAAAUAAUUGCGCCAAUUAUAUCCCACCAGUGUAAUCACCUCCUAUUCCCACCUUCAUUCUGUUUGCUUUAAAUAUCAAGGCUGUGCGAUUUAGCUUUAUUUGAAGAAAACCCAUACCAUGUGCCAAUUAUAUCAGUUACAUAGUUACACCUUAAUUGGUACUUUAUUGGAACCCCCACUAGCUAUAUUAAUAAUUUGGAACUGUAUAAAGUCAUAAAGUGUCCUCCUUUUAAAAUAGACCUUUUUUUGCAUGUUUGUUUAUGUCCAGAGAAAAGCAUAUAUUUUCCUUCUUUAAAGUAUCACCAAAUGUCUUUUAUACUAUUUUCCCGAGGAUUUGCUUUAUCAAAAUGUUUGGAUCCAUGUGGCAACUUUACCAACAGAGGGCAGCAUGAAGUCUUCCAAACAACAUUUAAAUAUCUGGUGGCACUGAGCGAGUCAACGCUCAAAAGAGAUUUACCAGGGCAGGGGUUAGGAUCUGCAGACUACUUCCUUAUCAGGGUACUAGGAACAAGCAGAUUUUACCUUACAAUUUCCAAAUAAAAUCAAACUAUUAUGCUUACAAUACAGACAACAUUUUGUAUAUAUAAAAAAUAGAUGUACACAUAUAAAUGGUGUUAAAAGCUGUAGUACUAAAUGUUCAAUAUUACACACAGAUAUCUCUAAUGUCUUCCUCCUGCAGCUUGAUAAGGAAAUAUCCUAUGAGAAAUUGACUGACUGGACUAGCAAUAACAAAAUGAAGUUUCUCAAUAUGGCGGUUCAUCUGCCAAAAUUCAGAAUAGAACAAGGCUUCUCCAUCCGAAAUGUCCUGUCAUCAUUGGGGCUGACUGAUCCAUUUAAUGAAAGUCGAGCAAAUUUCUCACAAAUGACAGAUCGUGAUAAUUUAUACAUGUCUGACGUACAUCACAAGACAUUUGUUGAGGUGAAUGAAAAAGGGACUGAAGCAGCCAGUGCUACAGCUGCUGUAAUAAAUUCGCGCAGUGGGAAUAAAGAUGAAUUUGAUGCAAAUCACCCCUUCCACCUAUUCAUACAAGAAAAGAAAACACAAUGCAUAUUAAUGUAUGGGAAGCUGUACAAACCUUAAAUAUGUGGCAUUUCAAAAGCCCACUCAUGAUAAAAUAGGCCGAAUUCUUCAUAGGUUGUAUAAUGUAUGCAUUUUAAUGGAUCAUAUCUAUUAUUAGUCACAGAUUUAUGGCUGUGUAUGCACUUUUAAAACAUAUGCUGGCACAGUUGGCAUAAUUAAAGGGAAACUAUAACUUCUCAGGAUUUUUAAAAAUUAUGUUUACUUCCUUAUAAUUAAAAAAAUACUAAUUUUUUUAAGUGUUAAAAUUAAAAUGAAAUGUAGAAACCCAGACCUCUUCAUUCUGUUACUGUGUGCCUCCAUCUUUCCUCCUGUCAAUCAUUGUUAUAAACCCUGUCCUUCGUAUCUGGUAAUCAGGUUGGAGAAACAUUACAGUAAAGAGGAGAUAUAUAACAAUGUAACUAUUUCUUCUCCUCAUUUGCAGUGUGUGCCAGGACUAUGUCUGGACUGUGGUGUAAUUUGGUUAUUUUUUAAUAUAAAUUUAAGAGAAUAAACCUCAACAAAAGUUCUAGGUGAUUUCUGAAGUAAUUUCUAUGGAAGUGAUAUUUCCUCUUUAAAUUAAUUUCAUAAUGUCAGAUUUAUAAUAUAAUAGAAAAUGCAUUUAAUUCACAUAUAAGUUAGAAUGAUAGUUUUAUGAUUACUGUAUAUAAUUUCUUAUAUUAAUAAAGUCAUAAAAAUAUCAAAUUUUUCACAGAAUUGCUUUUGUAAGAUUUCCCACUGGCAGUUCAUUAUUAUCUCUAUUAUUUUAUGUUAAAGAAAAUAAAUAAUGCAUUUGUAGAAAUACUGCAAAACUUGUUCUUGUUCUCACACUGGUAUCUAUAGUUGAUUAAACAGGAAGAAGUUUAACUAUAUCAAGAAGACGGUGAUAUAGCUAUGUGGGCUAAUGCAUCAUCAGCUUAAUCUGUUCAACCCAAGGGGGUCGCAGGGUGGCAGGGUUGACGUAUCCCUUCAUCCGUCUGAGGUAGAUAAAAGUAGUACCAUUAAAUUGGGUAAUAGUAACAUCAGGGCUGGACUGGGAACUAAAAGCAGCCCUGAAAAAAAAUUCUAUACCAGCCCAAUAAUGCGUCGCACCAGCAUAGUGUGCUGAUAUAGAGGGUGAAAAAAUAACUUAAAAUUGAAAACUAUUACUCCAACGAAAGAACGCAUAUAGGGCUUCAAAAUAAACAAAAGAUCGCCUUUAUUUUAAGUAGACGUACAUUUGCAUGUAAUCAAUGUUUCAGUAAAACUACCUUGACAUAUUAAGGACAUUUUAGUAAUGGGACUGAAAUGGUAAAUGUCUACGCUUGCACAACUGAAAAAAUAUGAAGAUAUCUUGUUCAUUUUGAAGUCCUAUGGGUGCGCUCUUUACUUUGAAUAGCCAAUACGUGCUCCUUACAUAUAUGUAUAUAUUAAUGACAUUUAUGUGUGUAUUAUGCAUAUAUAAAUGUAUAUUAAUAUAUGUGUAAAUAUUAUAGGCAUAAUUAUGUUACUAAUACACACAUCAGUAUACAUGCAUAUAUAUAUAUAUAUAUAUAUAUAUAUAUGUGUGUGUAUUACUGUCAGGAUCACAUCAAUUACGUCUGUUACAUUUACCUCGUUUAGUGUAUCUUGUCUCCAAUUGUCUCUUACAGCGACCCUUGUGUAUCUUUUACUUCAUCUCAGUCCCUGUGUGUUUCUUUUUACCCUUCUCCAGCCUCUGUAUGUCUCUUUCCCCCAGCCCCUUAUGUGUAUGUCUUAGCCCCAGCCCCUUUGCCUCUUUCUCCCCUUCCAAAUCUCAUCUGCGUAUCUCUUUCUAACUCUAGACUCUGUGUGCCUCUUUCUCUUCUCCCAGCCACUCUGUCUCUUUUUCCCCAGCCCAGCGUUGCCUCCCACAAAUCUUGUGUGUCACUUUGUUCCCCUUCCCUUCUGUAUGUCUCUUUCUCCCCUCUCCUCCCUGUGUCUCUCUUCCCCAUCUCCUCCCUGUGUCUCUCUCUUACCCCUCUGUCUCUUUGCCCCCCUUCCCCUGUCUCUAUUACUCCUUUGUUUCUUUUGUCUCCCCAUCCCAUGUGUCUCUCUAUUACCCCUCUGUCUCUUUGUCCCCCCUUCCCUGGUGUCUCUCUAUUACCCCAUCCGUCUCUGUGCCCCCUCUUCCCCUGUGUCUCUCUAUUACUCUCUUUAUCCACCAUCCCUUGUGUCUCUCUAUUACCCCUCUGUCUCUUUGUUCCCCCCGUCCCUGGUGUCUCUCUAUUACCCCUCUCUUUGUCUCCCUUCCCCUGUGUCUCUCCCUUACCCCUCUCUUUUUCCCCUUCCCUGUGUCUCCUCAUUACCCCUCUCUUUGUCCCCCUUCCCCUGUGUCUCCUCAUUACCCUCUCUUUUCCCCCUCUUCCCUGUGCCUCCCCAUUACCCUUCUCUUUGUCCCCUUCCCCUGUGUCUCUCCAUUACCCUCUCUUUGUCCCCCUUCCCCUGUGUCUCCCCAUCACCCCUCUCUUUGACCCCCUUCCCAUGUCUCUCUCCAUUACCCCUUUAUUUGUCCCCCCCUUCCCCUGUGUUUCUAUGACCCCUCUUUUAUUGUGUCCCUGUUGACCUUGUCACAGGAGGACUGAGGGAGGGGGCAGAGCUAACUACCAUGCUCCCUCGUGCUUCCCAUAAUUUCCAGCAUGGACACAUCAUAGAGUAAUCCCUACUCUAUGAUGUGUUCAUGCUGGGAAUUAUGGGAACCGUGUGGGAGCAUGGUAGUUAGCUCUGCCCCCUCCCUCAGUCCUCCUGUGCUGACCGCUAUACUGCUGUCAGUAUCAGUGAGUGUGCCACUGGACCAGUUAGGCGGCUGCAACGGCACACUCACUGAUACUGACAGCAGUACAACUGUCAGCACAGGAGAUGGGGCCGCCAGCCAUAAGGUAAGUAACUCCUUCAGAGUGUGCCGCCGAACUGGUCAGUGGCCGUGAUAUUAUUAAAAAUGGCUGCAAGGCUCCCUCUCUAUAGGGAGUAAGAGCUCUGCAGCCCCCAGGUGCUGCGGCCCACCGGGAAAUUUCCCAGUAUCCCGGUGGGCCAGUCCGGCCCUGAGUAACAUCUCCUGGAUGUUGGAAAAAAAAUAACAUCCCCAGAACGUGCUUGUAAAAUAAAUGUACCUUUUCUGGUUAAAUACUUUGUUAAUAUUUCUGCAGACCUAUAUUAAUUAAUGUAAGAAGUGUAUGGAUCAAGUUGUGUGGAAUACAAAAUAAAUAAAAAUGUAUAAUUAAUAUUUUAAAAAUAAAAUAUAUUCUUAACGAUUAUGCUAAAAUUUCUCACAAUAAACUGUAUUUAAAUGAUAAAUUUUACUGAUAUGAUUAAACUGAAAGAAAACACUGUUUCCUGGUGUCUCCAACAAAAGCAGAACAAGAGGAGCUCGGUCACGCUACAGGGAAGGGAAGGUGAGAAGAACAUGCGGGGGGAGUAAAAAGAACAUAGGGGAGUAAAAAACAUAGGGAGGAGGAGUAAAAGAAAAUGGGGGAGUAAAAAUAACAUAGGGGGAGGGGAGUAAGAAGGACACAGGGAGGGUGAGGGGUGAGUAAGAAGGACACAGGGGGAGUAAGAAGGACACAGGUGAGGGAAAGGGGGAGUAAGAAGGACACGGGGAGGGGAGUAGGAAGGACACAGGUAAGGGGUGAGGGGAGUAAGAAGGACACAGGGAGGGGAGGAGGAGUAAGAAGAACAUAGGGAGGGGGAGCAGUGGUGUAUCCUGGUUUUGUGCUGCCCUAGGCAGGAGAGGGGUGAGGAGAGAAAGGGAAAGGGGGGAGAAGAGACCGGUAGGGGAGGUUGGGGGGAGAGGAAAGACCACUAAGGGGCAGGGCAGAGCUCUAAGGGAUGGAAGAGAGAGCUCUAUAGGACAGGGGGCAGGACAGCUCUUUCACACUACGCGCACAGCAGUUUUAGAUAAUUUGCACAUAUUUGUGAGAACUGAAAAAUGUUCAUGUGAGUGAGUGUGUGUGUGUAUUUUAAGUAUGUUGUGCACUUUUUUAAUGUAUAUUUUAUUUUAUGGUACAGUGGUGUUUUUUGCAAAUGUUCAAUUGCUGAAAAUGUUCAAAUUUUGGGGGGCCUCCAUGUCCAUUUUGCUUGGGGCCUCCAAAUUCCUUCAAACGGCCCUGGAUAGUGUAAAGGAUAACAUUUGCGUUGAGAUCAGGGUAGGCUUAUGGUUAGCUUACUUGUAGGGAGGCUUUUAAGCAUAGGGUUAAGGGAAAUGUUGGGGCAGUGUAUAGGGUAGGAUUGGCAUAUUGUCUACAACCCUGACAUUUCAUGCUUCAUAGGAAAUGUUUGUAUGAAUUGCUUUGGCUUCUCUCCUGUGGUAGCUGGUGAAAUUUAAAUUUGGUUGGACACUGACUUUUUGGGCUAUCCCUAUUUUAACCCAUUUACCUAAAACCUGGCCCAUUGAGACAUCAUGCCUGUAUUUAGAAAACAACAUUGACUUUUAAAAGGCUCAACUCCACUCCCUGCUAUUAAUCAAUAGUGGGGGGAUUUAGCUACAAACAUACCAAGAUACCCAAUAGCUCCACCGAAGAUGCUUAAGACAGAUGACUUUUUCUGCUCCAACAAGUGUGACAAUUUAAGGCCUAGCCAAGAUGCCAUUUCGAAAGUAGUGCGAAAAAAUAGCAAACUCAAACAAGUACAAUUGUACAUAUGUGGGGACUUCAACUGUGUAAUAGAUCCAAUUCUGUAUGUGCAAGGUAAGACUAUGGUUUCUAAUAAGAAAACCCAACAAUGCAUGAGAUUAAGUAAACUACUUAGCACACAUGACCUCUUUGAUGCAUGGUGCAUGCUAUACCUGAACUCAAGAGAUUAUACUUUUUUUUUUCCAAUGAUCAUUCCAUGUAUUCCAGAAUUGACCUCUGCCUGACAUGUAGAGUUGAUAAAAAAAAAAAAAACCUAAAAAAAAAUAAAUAAAUACGCACAAACCUAUCCUAUCUCCAAAAGAGGGAGUGAAAGUGGCCAAUCCCUUGCAGAUUUUGGAAAACUGUGUUAAUUAAUCUAAAACCCUUUAUAACCUACGGGCAAAUCCAAUGACAACACAGCCUUCUCAGAAAAACAUACAAGCUUUCCUUAACCCCUUAAGGACCAAACUUCUGGAAUAAAAGGGAAUCAUGACAUGUCACACAUGUCGUGUGUCCUUAAGGGGUUAACAAAAUCCAACUACCACAAGUCUCAUAACAGAUAGAUGAUGCCAUUAAAUCGUUCCCAAAACACAAAGCUCCAAGCCCCGAUAGUUUCACUAACUUUUAUUAUAUAACAUUUGCAAAUUUUAAGUCCCAUACCUAACAAACGUAUUCAAUAUCAUUAUGGCCACCGGCAAUAUUCCAUCUGAAAUGCUGAAGCAAUUACAAUAGCUUUACCGACACCAGGCAAGCCUACAACUAAAUACAAAAAUGUACUCCCCAUAUGGUUGCUAAAUGCAGAUAUGAAACUCCUUGCCAAACUUAUUGCAAAUAGGAUUAAGCCUCAGUUAUCCUCCCUGAUUUCAAAGGAACAAGCAAGGUUUGAUCCUAGCCGCAAGGCGGGAGGCAACACCAGGCGCUUUUUGGACCUUAUGAAAACUAUGCGAAAAACAGACAGGGCUUUUGAUGGUGCUAGACUCCGAGAAAGCCUUUACAGAAGUUCAAAUUUCCUCACAACCUCUUAA